AUGCCAAGAUAUGGGCAACUAGUGGUUGGCCCUGCGGGUUGUGGCAAAUCUACAUACUGUGCUACUAUUCAGAGGCAUUGUGAAACUAUUCGGCGAUCCUGUCGUGUUGUCAAUCUCGACCCUGCGGCUGAAUAUUUCGAAUACACUCCUUCGGCCGACAUUCGUGAUCUCAUCCAAGUUGAUGAUACAAUGCAAGAUGACGAGCUCAACCUUGGACCUAACGGUGGUCUCAUUUUCUGCAUGGAAUACCUUUGUCAGAACCUUAAUUGGCUUGAUGAAGCUCUCGGCGAGGAUGAGUUGGAUUAUAUCCUUUUUGACUGUCCAGGCCAGAUAGAGCUGUAUACUCAUCUGUCGGUUUUUCCUCGACUGGUAGAGUAUCUCCAUCAAAAGUGGGAUUUUCACGUCGUCAGUGUCUUCAUACUUGACGCUCGCUUUCUCGUGGAUGGAUCCCACUUUCUCUCGGGUAUUCUUUCAGCUCUCUCUGCAAUGGUGUGUCUUGGAACGCCCCACGUCAACGUCAUGACAAAGCUAGAUAUGUUAUCUGAAAAUAAGCAAAAAUUAAUUAGCUCUCGCUACCUGCAGCCAGAGCUAGACGACCUCUGUGAGACGUCGAGUGACGAAGAAACCGAUGCAAAAGCUGCACUUCCUCGCAGAUUUUCUCGUCUUACGCGGUCUUUGGCUGGUUUAGUGGAACGGUACAGCCUCGUCCAAUUCCAACCCCUUAAUAGGGAUAAGGAGGAGACUAUAGAGGAUCUUCUUCUACAAAUAGACCAGUGUCUUCAAUAUGGUGAAGACAAUGAACCCAUGAAUAGGUUUUUUGAUCAGGCAGAGCGGGACCUAGCCGGCGAUGAAAAUGGCGAUAUCUUGUUUUGUUCGAAGGUGUUUCCUGCGGGUGUGCAGCUAGGUCCCAGGUAUGCCAUUGUCUUGGUCACUGUUGCAUCGGUGACUGUUAUUCUCUACAUCAUGGAGUCCCUAUUGAAGCAAGUGUCACAAUCUCUAGACAGACACGAACGGUUGAAGUCUUUAAGUCUCUUGCUAGAAACGUUUGCUCAUGCCUUUACAGGCUCGGUUUUUUGGAUUGCCUUCUUGGUUGAACUACUUGAGCCAAGGUCACUUCGCUUCGUAGCGGAGUCAGCAUUUUUUUCUGCCUUGGUUGCAGUUAGUAUGGACAUUGACCAUUUUAUCGCCGCCGGGAGUAUCUCCAUAAAUGUAAGUGUCAACUGUGCCGCUUUAUCCCUCCCCGGACGGCCAUUUCUCCACUGGUCGGGCUGCCUUGUGGUUUUGGUGGUGGCGCUAUUUGUGGGCAGUUUUAUGGCUAAGCACCACUUGUUUACUGUGCCUUGUCUAGCGAGGCAAAUCGUAGAUGCUGGCUGGGUCACUCUUGUGGCUUGGACCUCGCAUCAGCUUCGUGACUCUCUUCGACGCGGUCUUUGGUUGUGGCCUCCUCCUCGUUCCCUCCUCUCCCCGCUCGGUUACCUUCACACCCCACCCCUUCCUUUGCCUCUUGCUUAUCCGCUGGCCCUAGCAAGCCUGCUUGCUCUGCUUUGUUUUGCUCCGCUCAAACCGUUUGAUUGGUCUAUUUUUUCAACACAUAUUUCACUUCAUGAAACAUAUAAAGUAUCUCUCGUCUAG